AUGGCUCGUAUACCAGAUCGAAGUAUACGCAUCUGUGCUGAUAGAGGAGGAACGUUCUGUGAUGUUCAUGCAUCAUAUCCUGAUCCGGAUAAUCCAGAGGAACGGAAGGAAAUUGUCGUGAAGCUCUUAUCACAGGAUCCAGGCAACUACAAGGAUGCGCCAACAGAGGGCAUUCGAAGAGUUCUGGAAGCAGUGACAGGCAAGAACACAACGAAAGAUCAGAAGGUACCAACGGACAAGAUUGAUUACAUUCGUCUUUCGACAACCGUCGCGACAAAUGCUCUACUUGAAAGGAAAGGCCAUAAGCAUGCACUUGUAAUCACCAAGGGCUUCAAGGACCUGCUUGUCAUUGGCAAUCAAUCGCGACCGAAGAUAUUUGACCUCAAUAUUAGGCGCCCAUCUGUCUUGUACUCCGAGGUCUUGGAGGUUGACGAACGUGUCACUUUAGUUGGCUAUACAUCCGACCCUAAGGCUGCUGAGCAUGCUGUCCAAUUCGAUAAGGAUGGUAAAUUAGUUCGUGGCUACCGAGGUCCCGGAUGGGAUGGCGAAGGUGAAGCGGAAGGCCCUGGAGAAAUAGCAAUGGGCCUGUCUGGCGAAGCUGUUCGGAUAUUAAAGCGACCUGAUCCUCAGCGAAUCAUGGUUGACCUUAGGAAACUCUAUGACGAAGGCUACAGGUCCAUUGCUAUUAUCCUUGUCCACUCAUAUACAUUCCCAGACCAUGAGAAAUUGGUUGCAUCCAUAGCACGAGACAUUGGGUUUGAGCAUAUAUCCGUCUCAUCACAAUUAAUUCCAAUGAUCAAAAUGGUGCCGCGAGGUGCCUCAACUACUGCUGAUGCAUACCUCACUCCAGUAUUAUAUGAAUAUCUCGACGGCUUUUUCAGAGGCUUUGAUGAAAGGCUUCGACGAGGCGGAGAUGGUAAUGCACGUGUAGAAUUUAUGGGAAGUGACGGAGGACUAUUUGAUAUCGACAACUUUUCCGGUCUGAAGAGCAUCCUUAGUGGCCCAGCCGGAGGAGUUGUAGGCCAUGCUCUGACAAGCUGGGAUGAGAAACAAAAGACGCCAAUUAUAGGAAUCGAUGUUGGUGGUACAUCCACGGAUGUUUCGCGUUUUGCUGGGCGGUAUGAGACUGUCUACGAAACCACUACAGCUGGUGUCACGAUCCAGUCUCCGCAACUAGAUAUUAACACAGUCGCUGCCGGGGGUGGCUCUUGCCUAGCCUUCCGUAACGGCUUGUUCGUAACAGGCCCGGAGAGUGCUGGUGCUAUUCCCGGACCAGCGUGCUACCGGAGAGGCGGUCCUCUAGCAGUCACUGAUGCGAACCUCAUGCUUGGACGGCUGGUUGUGGACUACUUCCCGAAGAUAUUUGGAGACUCAGAAAAGGAGUCACUCGAUAUUGAAGCAUCACGACGGUUGUUUGAGAAAGUUGUCAAGGAAGUGAACUCUUCUCACAGCUUUGAAAAGGAAUUAAGCUUUGAUGAAGUAGUAUAUGGAUUCAUCAAGAUCGCGAAUGAGACGAUGUGCAGGCCUAUUCGAGCCCUCACAGAGGCUCGAGGAUACAGCACCUCUAGUCAUAUUCUCGCAGUCUUUGGAGGUGCUGGAGGACAACAUGCUUGCGAAAUUGCACACAUUCUCGGCAUUUCCACUGUUCUGAUACAUAGAUAUAGCUCAAUCCUCUCCGCGUAUGGCCUUGCUUUAGCUGACCGUGCUUUCGAGCGCCAAGAACCCAGCUCAACGUUCUACACGCCCGAGAACAAGCCGUCGUUAACAGAGCGGCUGGACAGGCUCGAGCGAGAGGUGCGUGUUGAGUUAAAGCGGCAGGGCUUUGAGGGUUCCCGAGUGCAUGUAGAGCGUAUGUUGAACAUGCGCUUUGAUGGGACGGACACAGCACUCAUGGUCCUCCCGGCGAUCGCGGACAAGGACGAAGACUUUCUCAGCGCGUUUAAGAAAACGUACAAAGAGGAGUUUGGUUUCUUAUUAGAUACGAAGCAUAUUAUUGUAGAUGAUAUUAAAGUUCGCGGGAUCGGGAAGACGUUCGACUCGUUAGGUCCUUCCGUCUUCGAGGAGCUUCGCACUCUCAAGAAACGGCCAAUCUCGUCGUCCUCUGCGGACAAGGUUCACUCUGUAUACUUCGAUGGUGUUGGACGAGUAGACGAUACGCCCGUCUUCUUGCUCGACAAACUCGAGAUCGGAGAUACCGUGCAAGGUACGGCAAUGAUCAUCGACGACACGCAAACGAUUGUUCUUAUCCCCGGUUCGGAGGCUGUCCUGUGCCGCAAGCAUCUUUACAUAACACUUCAGUAG